ACGCACAACGGCACACACUUUUUCUCUCACGCACACACGUGGGUUCCAAUGUUAUCGCGAGGUGCAUUGUGGGAUUUCAAAAUGGAGCCCUUCUUGCCUCAGUCAAACGCCAUGUCCGGUGUUAUGUAGCCGUCGUUUGGUGCUUGGGAAGCGGACUGACUGUUACAUCGUGACCCCCACCGCUGCCAGCAGACAGUGAACAACAUGGCGGUUUGGUGCGUCGCCAGCAGAGCGCUCACAUCCAGCGGACGUCUCGGUGUUUAUGCCACCGGUCGGUAUUUGUGCGUCACGUCGCUCUCCGGAGCCUCCGCUCCAGCAGGGACCCGAGUCCGACGGUGUGAGUACAGCCGGGACACGACACCUGUCCCGGGUCCGUUUGUGUGUCACCAACUCUCUCACAGGAGCCUGCUGAAGAUCCAGGGCCCGGACACGAGCCCCUUUCUCCAGGGGAUCAUAACCAACGACAUGGGGCUGCUGGAGGAGCCGGGACCUGGAGCCAUGUACUCGCACAUGCUGAACGUCCAAGGGAGGACACUGUAUGACGUCAUGUUGUACAGUCUGAAAGAAGCUGAUGCUGGACAUGGCAUUUUCCUGGAGUGUGAUGCUACUGUCAAGGACUCGAUCUUAAGACACUUGAAGGUGUACAAGAUUCGGAGAAAGGUCAACAUUAGCCCCUGUCCAGAACUCUCUGUUUGGGCGGUGCUCCCCCAGCAAUACAUCUCUGGCCAGGAGGCCAGCAAACCCGAGCUGUCCUCCCCUGAAAACACUCUGGUAUGGGAGGCUGAUCCUCGAACUCAGGAAAUGGGCUGGAGGUUGGUGUUGGACAGUAAAAUUGACCCUUGGGAUAUCAUUGCAUCAUGUCAGAAAGGUGACACAGAGGAUUAUAACAGACAUCGCUACGCAAUAGGACUUCCAGAGGGAGUGAAGGACCUCCCUCCAGGGGUGGCACUGCCACUAGAAUCAAAUCUCGUCUACAUGCAGGGCAUCAGUUUUAGCAAAGGCUGCUACAUCGGCCAGGAGCUCACAGCCAGAACCCAUCACACGGGGGUGAUUAGGAAACGCCUGAUGCCGGUGCGCUUGUCAGCUCCACUGCAAAACCUUGAGGAAGGAGCUGCAGUGCAAACGCAGUCAGGCAAGCCAGCUGGGAAGUACCGAGCAGGGAUAGGAGAACUGGGUCUGAGCCUCAUCCGAACGGCUCAUGCAAACGAGGUGUUGACCCUCAAAUGUUCUGAUGACAACACAGUGACACUUAAGGUCUCUGUGCCAGACUGGUGGCCUAAAGAUGUGGAAAUUAACUAAAGGCUGUGACAUACAUCACAUGUGACAGAUGACUUGCAGACAGAACUCUGAAGUACAAUAUGUAAACAAAUUUACAGAUGUCUGGCACUAACGUAUAUUUGUGAGAUUUGUUUUCACUUUGCAAUAAAAUCAGAUUUUUAUAGUGAUCCCCCCCCCCCCCAAUAUGAAGUAUUUAUUAGAUAUUGUUAAAAGAUUUGCUCUAGGUUCAUACAACAGCGUGUACCAACUGUCAUAUGGUAUUAGAAGUCUUAAAUCUCAAGAUAAAAGUCUCAAUCAA